CUUCCUUUAAUCAUAUCUAUAAAAUACAACACACCCUGCAUUCCCACCUCUCCACAAAGCAAACACAUUUCUAACUUCUCCACAACAAAAAAGGGAAGAAAAAAAGAAAGAGAAAGAAGAACUUGGUUCUUUUGGGUUUUUGCUAGAGCAGAUUGUUGGGUGUUGUUUCUUGAGGUUCAAUAAUUCGGUAUAGUAUUCGUGUCGAAGAUUCUUCGUUAAAAAAUGGAAAGCAAGGCACAUGAGAAAGAUCUCAACCUCAAGGCAACAGAGCUGACACUACGGUUGCCAGGGAGAGAUGAAAUUAUUGAGCUUCCUAAUCAAAACAAGAAGAGAGGACUGCCAGCUGACUCAAAAAAUGAAGAAGGAAGCACUGAUGCUAAAAACGCUCAAAAGGAAACCCCUCCUGCAAAGGCACAAAUAGUGGGGUGGCCACCAAUCAGAUCUUAUAGGAAGAACAGCCUCCAAGCAAAUAAAAAUGCAGAGGGUGAGACUGCUACCGGGAUUUAUGUGAAAGUGAGCAUGGAUGGAGCACCUUACCUCAGAAAGAUUGAUCUUAAGGUUUACAAAUGCUACCCAGAACUCCUCAAGGCCUUGGAAGUCAUGUUUAAGUUUACUAUAGGUCAAUACUCAGAGAGGGAGGGCUACAAAGGAUCAGAAUAUGCACCUACUUAUAAGGACAAAGAUGGUGAUUGGAUGCUGGUUGGAGAUGUUCCAUGGGAUAUGUUCAUGUCAUCCUGCAAGAAGUUGAGAAUCAUGAAAGGAUCAGAGGCCAGAGGUUUGGGGUGUGGCGUAUGAAAAAGACAUGUCAACCCAAAAGAUCAAGGGGAGAAGGAAAGAUAUAUCAUCUCUCUCUCUCUCUCUCUCUCUCUCUCUCGAUCUCAUGAUAUGCAUGGAGAGAAAAAUUUACCUCACAGCUUGGGUAAUCGACGAAGAUAUUCAGAUUUUAGUCUCCUUAAUGACUGACAUAUCUUCUCUGGAGUUGAUUGGGAUUGUAGACAGAAGCAGAAGAUAAUCUAGCUGGUGAAGUAAUUACAGAUUCAUUCCUUAAGUUUGGCACCUAGAUUUGUUUGCGGUUUGCGCAUCCGUGAUUGAUGCUGUAUCGUAUUGUUUCUUAUGAUUCAGUCAGACCAAAACUGCAUAAAGAGAUUUUGGUUCUAAAGAGAUCGUAUAGAAAGGAAGAGGCAUGUUUCAUGUUUUGGCUAUGAGUUUGUACUAUUGAUAUUUGAUAUGGAUCAAUAUAUAUGUAGUAUAAAGCUUAUGUAUUUUGAGUAUAUAUGUGUGUAGAAAUUUCAGACUGCACGCAGAUUUUGUACCCCUUUCUGUUGUAAUACAAGUUGCGAAAGAUUUAAUUCGAUGUUCAA